UCCACGAAAAUUAAAUCUCUUCGGCGACCCAAAUCCAAGAAAUUUAAAUUUAAAAAAAAAAAACCGAGAAAGUUUAGAGCUUUCUUUUUUUCCGGGUAAGAGGUGUUCGGAAAGUUUCGAGCUUUGAGGCGAGGAAUAGUUUGUUUAACUUCGCAAAACACAAGAUAAGAUAAAGCGGCUAACGCUCUGGACAUUGCAUAUGGUUAGGACAUCAAACCCACUUCAUUCUAACUCGAUCUUGUCCUAAUGAGUCCCCAAGUAGAAGACGAAGUGCCUGGUCGAGGACCAUCUAAGCAGCGGUCUCGGGCAUGGACCGAGGGAUUCGGGAAUUCCCCGGAUAACCUGAAGCAACUCCUUAUGGCUUGCUCCCGAGCUUUAUCCGAUAAUAGAACCGAUUAUUUCGAGAUCCUGAUCGAGAGAGCAAGAUCCCUAGUGUCAAUCACUGGUGAACCCGUCCAGCGACUCGGAGCUUACUUGGUGGAAGCUUUGGUCGCAAGGAAAGCGGAGUCGGGGUCGAACAUAUACCAAUCCCUCCUAUGCAAAGAGCCGAAAGGCAGAGACUUGCUCUCUUACAUGCAGAUUCUUUACGAGAUCUGCCCGUACUUGAAGUUCGGGUACAUGGCAGCGAACGGGGCAAUUGCCGAUGCAUGCAGAAACAAAGACUGGAUUCAUAUCAUCGACUUCCAGAUCGGUCAGGGAACACAAUGGAUAACUCUCUUGCAAGCGUUAGCAGCCAGACCAAACGGCCCUCCUCAUGUAAGAAUCACGGGUAUCGAUGAUCCUGUCUCAAAAUACGCCCGAGGAGAAGGUUUGGAUGCCGUGGGAAGACGCCUCGACCACCUCUCCUUCAAAUUCAACAUCCCAGUCGAGUUUCACGCCCUCCCCGACGAAUCCAUCCCCGAAAUCACACCCGAAAUGCUCGGCAUCAGACCUGACGAAGCCGUAGCCGUGAACUUCCCUCUCCACCUUCACCACACACCAGACGAGAGCGUGGAUGUGACCAACCCACGAGACGGGCUGCUAAGAAAAGUGAAAUCCCUCAACCCGGUGAUCACAACCCUGAUAGAGCAAGAAUCAAACACGAACACGACGCCAUUCCUGACGAGAUUCGCGGAGACACUGGACUAUUACUUAGCCAUGUUCGAGUCGCUGGACGAGACGCUGCCGAGGGAGAGAACGGAGAGAAUAAACGUGGAGCAACACUGUUUGGCGAAGGAUAUAGUGAAUGUGGUGGCUUGCGAAGGAGGGGAGAGAGUGGAGAGGCAUGAGCUUCUUGGGAAAUGGAGGUUGAGGAUGACAAUGGCGGGUUUCAGGACUUACCCUUUGAGCCCAUUUGUGAACUCCGUUAUCAGAACGUUGUUGCGUUCUUACUCUCCGGAUUACACUCUGAUGGAGAAAGAUGGAGCCUUGCUUCUGGGUUGGAAGCACAGAUUUCUCAUCUCUGCCUCGGCUUGGCACUGAAUUUUAUUUUUCUUUUUAUUGCGGUGAAAAUAAAUAAAUUAAAUGUAUGUUGUUCCUGCUGCAGUAAAGUUUUUCUUUUCCAUUUUUGGUUC